AUGGCGAAUCACGCACGAGCUGCACAGGCUCUACUCUUCAUGCAGCAAUGUCGGCACCAUGCAACAAGAUCACCACCUUCUCGCUUCGGGACCUACCACGUUCGUACCUUGACGAAUAACUCGCUCGACCCUGAGAACUUCGGCAAGAAGUUACGAAUCGACGACGUCAGUCCAGACGAGCCUCUGCCAGCAUGGCGUGUACCAAAGCCUGAAGUCGACCAGGCCACUUCAUCAGGUGCAGCCGCAUCUCCCAUGCCCUACGACUUCCCUCGAGCUCGCGAUGCCCCCAUCCCACGACACAAGCACAAUCCCGCCGUCAAAUCUGGGUUAUGGUCCUUCAUCAAGUACGACAUCUUCCGCCGACCAGAACCACCGGAUCCACGCCUGGCCAUCAAACCAGCUUUCAACGUCCUGACAAACCCUUACCGUACUCGAAAGGCAUGGCCGCCUAUCCUCAGCGAGAUGUCUGAAAUACAGCAGUUUCAUUAUGAGAAAAAGUUUCGGCGCCGAUUACUCAAUAAGACGUACAGCUUGCGGACGAAUUGGAACCGUGGGGCUCUCUUCAUCCAGCGAUUCUUGAUCACUUUCUUCGUCUUGUGGUCUGUGUUUGUCGAGUCACCGCGGAAUCCUUUGGAGACUCUGGGUCCUAUCGAUUCGUUCAGAUACUGGCUGUACACGCAGUUAACGAAGGGAAAUGAUACUAUCUGGCCCAAGAGGUUCGGGGCGUUCUUUGAGAGCCAGCGUCACUUCUACAUGCAGAAACAUAAGAUUCAGUGGGACCCAUUCAACCAUACUGGAUGGGAUCCUAGGAGGCCAAGGAAUAGUCUGGCAGGUCCAGCAUCGCCAGCUUUCGAAAGACCGUUGGGGGAUUCAAGUUCUACUAGUAGUCGAGAGGAGUAG